GUGACGAUUUUCCGGCAGUUGAGGCUUCUCGUCGGUACUUGUAUAGCAAGCAUCGGAGCUCUCUUCUGGUCGAUGGUGCUGCUCAUGGUGUUGAAAGUCGGCUUCGCACUGAUCAUCUGCCAAGCUUUGCAGGGGUACGUUUUGGAUGACCAGCAAGAUCUGGAUACGCGGCUGUUAGUCAACAACUUGUACGGAGACUUUGGGAAAGCUUUCUACACAAUGUUCGAGGUAACUCACUCUGGUAGCUGGCCGAGAGUUGUCCGUCCUGUUGUGGACGACGUGGAUGCAUUGUAUGCCAUACCUUUCUUAACGUACAUCACACUGGUGGUGUUUGCCGUGAUAAGGAUCGUUACAGCCCUGUUUCUCAAAGAGACUUUGGCCAGCGCCGCCAAUGAUGCCGACAUGGUCAUGGAAGACAACCGUCGAAUGGCCCGCGAUGCCCAAAACAAGCUGGAAGAGCUUUUCCGGGCAGCAGACGAUGAUGGGGAUGGCAACCUGACUAAAGAUGAGUUUGCUGCAGCUAUGAGUCUGCCCAGUGUGCAAGGCUUCUUGACGUCUCUGGAUGUUAGUGUUCGGGACUGCCACCCGCUUUUUGAUAUCCUGGAUGAUGGAGACGGGCUGAUCACGACCGCAGAGUUCUGCAAGGGCCUGAUGCAGCUCAAGGGGCAGGCACGGGCUUUGGAUAUCUUCGUCUUGCAACGUGAGAAUGCUAAGCUCAUGAAGGAAUGCCAGGACAUCCAACGUUUUCUUCUGGACAUCUCUGAGUCCUUCAGGGGUGCUGUAAAAUAA